UCAUUUACUUUUUAUUUACCUUUAGAAAUAUACAAAAUAUACAUAGUAGUGAACUUUACUUACCAUUCAUCAUUUCUCAUGAUAUUUAUUGUUAACUAUCGGUAUAAAUUUGGUUUUUCUUGUCAACAAUCACCGUAAAAUAACUGUUUCAUAACGUCACAAAACUGACAAACUUAUUCAAAAUCAGGCAGUAUUCGUCAGUCUACUAAACUAAAGCUGACUCAGAAAAAUGACAGAAGCCAGAGAAGAACAAAGUUUCAACAGCCUCAAAGAACAGCUUUUCUCUGCAGUACAAACUGGAGACUCCGAAACAGUGUCUCGCAUAAUCACACCGGUCUCGAACAAAAUCUUGAAAUCAUGGAUUCCAGGCUGCGAUUUAAUAUUCUGUGCUCUCAGAAAUAAGCAUUUAAAAAUAACCAAAUUCUUAAUUACAGAUGGUUUAGGAACCUACAAAGAAAAAAGGAACGAGGCGAUUCUUCAUGUAGCCACUCUCCAUAGAUAUGUAGAAAUUCUUAAAAUGCUCAUACGAGAUCGAAAAUGUACCAAUUUUCAGUUAAUAGCUCUGGAGGGUUGCCAGUAGUAGCUAUGCUUGUUAAGCGAAUGCCCGUCGAUUUCGAAGUAAUUAAAAUCUCAGACUACUUUAUAAGCAUAGAACAGAGCAUCAAUAAUAAAAGUUGGCCUUGUAGAUUCACUCUUCUGCACUUUGCAGCGCAAUUUGGAAACACCGAUAUAAUCCCAGUACUCUUGGCUAGAAAGUCACAUCUGAAUCCAAAAUCCAAAAUUUUUUUGACUCCGCUUCAUGUAGCAGCGUUACACGGACAAUCGCAGGUUAUUAGAAUCCUUCUGCGGAGUGGUGCCAAGCACGACAUGAAAGAUAAUGAUGCAAAAACUCCAUUGUGUUGGGCAAUUGAGAAGAGUAGUAUGGAAUCAAUGCAAAUUUUAUUGAAGAAAACGCUGGACCCCAGGCAUUCUUCUAUGACUUUAAAAAAUGACAAAAUGCUGAUGUACUGUGCAGCUAUUAGAGGAAACGAAGUAGUUAUAUAACUGCUCCUAAAGAAUCACGCA